ACAAAAGAUUUAAGCGAAAAGACGCGAGAGAGAGAGAGGGAGAGAUAUCUUGGAGAGAGAAGGAGAGAACUAUCUUGGUUUCUUGGAGAGAGAGAGGGAGAGGACUAUCUUGGUCGCGUGGUACUGUUUGUGGGCUGUAGCACCAUGACAUCUCUUGGGCUGUGGCUGCCCAUAGCAACAGCCCCUUCCUCCUCUUCCUCCCUUCACUCUAUCGUCAAGCUUCAUUCCUUCCUCUUGUUCAGACCUUUCGAUACCACGCGCAGAAGGUGGGUGAGAAGAGCAGGGAGAUGGUCGCAGGUGGACUGCUUUAAUUCCAUACAUUCUGUAGGAUGCUAUAGAAGACUGCAGUGUUUGGCUACAAAUGGAAGAGAAAGAGAGAGUGGUGGAUCAAGGAUGUUUGGAUCAUCAGAUGAGGAAGUCAUUCCUCAAGUACCAACCCAGCUGCAGUCUGUUGUUGAAGGUUCUGGUGCAGUACUUGUAUCAGAACCAAAGCCAAUCCCUGACCUUGAUUACCUACAGGAACUACUAGCAAUUCAACAGCAAGGACCAAGAGCCAUUGGGUUUUUUGGGACAAGAAAUAUGGGUUUCAUGCAUCAGCAGCUUAUUGAGAUCUUGAGCUAUGCAAUGGUCAUAACUAAAAAUCACAUCUUCACCUCAGGGGCAUCAGGUACUAAUGCAGCAGUUAUUAGAGGUGCACUAAGAGCAGAGAAGCCAGAGUUACUAACUGUAAUCUUACCACAAAGUCUGAAGAUGCAACCACCAGAGAGCCAGGAGUUGCUAUCUAAGGUCCAGAAUGUAAUUGAAAAGCCACAAAAUGAUCAUUUGCCUUUACUUGAAGCAAGCCGGCUAUGCAACAUGGACAUUCUAUCGCAUGUACAGCAAGUCAUUUGCUUUGCUUUUCAUGACAGCAAGCUUCUUAUGGAAACAUGUCAAGAAGCAAAAAAUCUGCGGAAGAUAGUUACCUUGUUUUAUCUGGACUAGUUUGAUUAGAAGAUUAUAAGAAGGACAGCAAGCAGUGAGGGUUCUAUCCUUGGAAAGCUAAUAGUCUUUCUGGUUAGCUGGUGCUCUAUUCAAGGCUACUUGAAUCAUUUGGAUUUUGCUAUCAUGUUCUCAUUCUUUGCCAUUGUCCACAUUUCCCAUUUAUAUUGCUUAAUAAAGGUAUACCUGUUCUUGUC